UGUUUGUUGGUUUGGAUUAGGCAUUGCAUAGCAGUUUGAAACAUUCACCGUGUGAAGGAGCUCUCAUAGUAUAGCAGAAAGGUCUCUUCUCCAUUGACACCCUUGUGCAAAGCAAGCAAACACAAGAUGGGCAACCAAACAUUAGUCUUAAAGAUGGUUUUGCUUGCUGUGUUUGUUGGGUGGUUGAUGGUUUGGAUUUUGUUGCCAACAAAAAUUUAUAAACAAACCUGGACACCAACCCUUAACACCAAGCUCAAUUCUACAUAUUUUGGAGAACAAGGGACAAAUCUCCUCCUCUUCUCCUUCCCUAUGAUGUUUAUAGCAGGUUUGAGUUGUGUUUAUCUCCAUCACAAAAAAUCCAAGUCCUACUUCAAAAGUGAUGUUUCAAGUCAUCAUUUGGCCUUCACAAGACGUCCGGUGCUUAUAAAAGCACCUUUGGGAAUUGUCACUGCAAUGGAGCUUACAUUCGCAGCCAUGUUCAUCGCCCUCCUGAUCUGGUCUCUUGCCAACUACUUGUAUGUCAGCUUUGGACACCUCCAUAUGCACAAAGUUGGAGAGAAAGUGUGGCAAGCAAAAUUCCGAAGUGUAUCACUGAGACUAGGUUACAUUGGAAACAUAAGCUGGGCAUUUCUCUUCUUUCCUGUAACAAGAGGGUCUUCCAUUUUGCCUCUUGUUGGUUUAACAUCAGAGUCCAGCAUCAAAUACCAUAUCUGGCUUGGCCAUCUCUCUAUGAUCCUCUUCGGUGGACAUACCCUUGGAUUCAUCAUCUACUGGGCCAUGACCAAUCAAAUGGCUGAGAUGCUGGAAUGGAGCAAAACAUAUGUAUCAAAUGUAGCAGGAGAGAUAGCAAUAGUAUUUGCAUUAGCAAUGUGGAUUACAAGCUUUCCUUGCGUAAGAAGAAAGAUGUUUGAGGUUUUCUUUUACACACACCACCUAUACAUCCUAUACAUCUUCUUCUACAUCCUCCAUGUUGGUGUUUCCUACCUGUGCAUGAUACUUCCAGGGAUCUUCCUCUUCCUCAUCGAUCGCUGCUUAAGAUUUUUACAAUCUCGAAAUCGAGCUCGCUUGCUCUCUGCUAGACUUCUACCUGGUGGCACUGUUGAGCUUAAUUUCUCCAAGUCUCCAGGAUUAAUUUAUAAUCCAACAAGCAUGUUGUUCAUAAAUGUGCCAAGGAUUUCAAAGUUGCAAUGGCACCCUUUUACAGUUUCUUCCAACUGUAAUAUGGAAGCAGAUGAACUCAGCAUUGUGAUCAAAUGCGAAGGAAGUUGGUCUCAAAAGCUUUACAAACAAAUUUCUUCUUCUUCUCUAGAUCAUUUGGAAGUUUCAGUUGAAGGACCUUAUGGGCCUACUUCACUUGAUUUUCUAAAGCAUGAGUCCCUGAUAAUGGUGAGUGGAGGUAGUGGGAUUACUCCAAUGAUUUCCAUAAUCCGGGAGAUUAUUUUCCAGGUAACCAAACAGAACAGCAAAGUUCCAAGUCUCCAUCUCAUCUGUGCUUUCAAGAACUCAGACGAUCUCACAAUGCUAGACAUCUUGCUUCCAAGCUCUGGGGCAUUUGCUGAUGAACUUUCCAGAAUAGGGUUGCAGAUAGAUGCUUAUGUAACAAGAGAGGAAGUGCAGCCUCCAAAAGAUGCAGAGAAGCUCCCACAAACGGUACGGUUUGAGCCAAACCCAUUGGACUCUCCCAUUUGCGAAGCUCUCGGACCAAACAAUUGGCUAUGGCUUUGUGCAAUAAUCUCAUCCUCAUUUGUCCUGUUCCUCCUCUUCUUGGGAAUUGUUACUCGUUACUAUAUUUACCCAAUUGAUCAUAACACUGGAGAAUUCUACCAUUUCUCAUUCAUAGCUCUUUGGGACAUGUUUUUGGUCUGUUCCUGCAUUUUUCUAGCUUCUAGUGCAGUUUUUCUCUGGUGCAAGAGAAUCAAUGCAAUGGAAGGGAAACAAGUACAGAACCUUGAAAUAUCAACAUCAUCACCAGCACAAUUGUCUUAUGGUGCUGAUAUAGAACUUGAAAGCCAUCCUCUUCAGUCACUAGUCCAAGCUAGGAAUGUCCAUUUUGGUACAAGACCUGAUCUAAAGAAAAUUUUGUUUGAUUCUCAAGGAUCUGAUAUUGGAGUACUGGUUUGUGGCCCAAGGCAGAUGAGACAUGAGGUUGCAAAAAUUUGUUCAUCUGGUUUGGCAAAUAAUCUGCACUUUGAAUCCAUUAGUUUUAAAUGGUGAUUCAUGCAGUAAGUUAUUUUCCGCACCAAGAAUAGGGUUUUGUGCCAUAUACGUUGAUCAAUCCGUGUAUAAAUAUAAAGUGGGGCUACUCUCUUUCUGGGGUUUUCGAUCUGAAUUGUUUGUAACUUGUAUAAUUAUGUAUGGGUUUCUCUCUUUCUUUCUUUUUUUUUAAAAUAUGAUUUGCCUGUAGUCUGUAUUAAUGAUACCUAGUGGGAUUUCUUUUUCUUUUCUUCCCUUUUUUUUUUUUUUUUUUA